GGGGGGCUAGAAAUCCUAAGUGUAUUUGGGGGGCUAGAAAUCCUAAGUGUAUUUGGGGGGCUAGAAAUCCUAAGUGUAUUUGGGGGGCUAGAAAUCCUAAGUGUAUUUGGGGGGCUAGAAAUCCUAAGUGUAUUUGGGGGGCUAGAAAUCCUAAGUGUAUUUGGGGGGCUAGAAAUCCUAAGUGUAUUUGGGGGGCUAGAAAUCCUAAGUGUAUUUGGGGGGCUAGAAAUCCUAAGUGUAUUUGGGGGGCUAGAAAUCCUAAGUGUAUUUGGGGGGCUAGAAAUCCUAAGUGUAUUUGGGGGGCUAGAAAUCCUAAGUGUAUUUGGGGGGCUAGAAAUCCUAAGUGUAUUUGGGGGGCUAGAAAUCCUAAAAAUCCUAAGUGUAUUUGGGGGCGUAGAAAUCCUAAGUGUAUUUGGGGGGCUAGAAAUCCUAAGUGUAUUUGGGGGGCUAGAAAUCCUAAGUGUAUUUGGGGGGCUAGAAAUCCUAAGUGUAUUUGGGGGGCUAGAAAUCCUAAGUGUAUUUGGGGGGCUAGAAAUCCUAAGUGUAUUUGGGGGGCUAGAAAUCCUAAGUGUAUUUGGGGGGCUAGAAAUCCUAAGUGUAUUUGGGGGGCUAGAAAUCCUAAGUGUAUUUGGGGGGCUAGAAAUCCUAAGUGUAUUUGGGGGGCUAGAAAUCCUAAGUGUAUUUGGGGGGCUAGAAAUCCUAAGUGUAUUUGGGGGGCUAGAAAUCCUAAGUGUAUUUGGGGGGCUAGAAAUCCUAAGUGUAUUUGGGGGGCUAGAAAUCCUAAGUGUAUUUGGGGGGCUAGAAAUCCUAAGUGUAUUUGGGGGGCUAGAAAUCCUAAGUGUAUUUGGGGGGCUAGAAAUCCUAAGUGUAUUGGGGGGCUAG